UUAUAUCUUGCUUGAAAUCUCUCUCCGAUGUUACAUGUUGCUACCCUUUAUUUUAUCUGCAAAAGGAGAUAAAUAUUUGCAUGUGCCCUCUUAUUCUUUUAAGGGCGGGGUUUUCUUUCUUCUGCUUGGGAGCUUUUUUACGUUUAAUUGGUGGUACCAAUUUUAGUCACUGCUGACUGGCUUUUAUUGGCUGUUUCUCUAUGUUUUAGCAUAUUGAUUUGAAUAUUAUUGCUAGCACAUUUUGCUGAGCGGCUAUUGCCAUUUGGUACCUUUGAUUGAACAGCCAGGCAUGGAAAAGGGACGCAACUGCUACUCUGAUGAACACUAUCUGCCUACUUAUUUCUAUAUGCUUGACCCAGCUGGAAUUUCCAACUGGUCAGUAACACAUGUUGAUUGGUCUGAAGGGAAGUGGCAUCCAAAAGCCUACAGAGCAGAGGAUGUAACACCUGAGCUGAUGAGAAAUCUUACUUCUAUUUCAGAGAGCGUGCACGUUACAAGUGAUGAAAAGAAAGAAGUCCAGAUUAAAUCAUGCUUGUGGAACGGAAGUGAACGGCCGUGUUAUUUGUUUGCAAGGAAAUUCUUACCCGAGACUCUUGAUAACCUAAUGCUACUUUUCCCCAAUUAUACAAAUUAUACAUCCAUUUGAUCUGUCGGGGGUGAUCAAUUUACUUCAGUAUUAAUUGAUUUGGUCGAUUCAAGUGUUGGAUUCUCCACUUCUGGUACAGAUUUCUGCUUUUGUAAAAGCACCCCCAAGAUUGCUUCUUUUUUUCGUUGCAACGGUAACUGGCAGAACGUGAAGGUAAACUUCGAACCAAUUUGAAGGUGAAGAAACAUAGCCAGUGUUUGCUUCCUUGGGGAACAAUGAUUUGUUGUUUAAUUUUUCCCUCCAUUUGGGCUAUAUUUUAUGUUACAUUCUGAUAUUCGGAACCUAGGCAGCAGUGUUUAUAAGUUGACUUUUGUAGAAGUUGGAUUAUAAAUUUGCAAAUAUCGCCUUGGCGGUUAUAGUUUUUCUUUUUU